GCUCUCUUUCUCUCUCAAGCAUUGUGCAGAGGGCGCAAAUCCAUCGGUUGCACAGGCUGGAGGUAUAUCCUAUGGUUUCUUUUGAUGGUUGAGAUCUGAAGGAGGACCAUUAUUGACUACUGGCUGUUCUGCCAACAGCACUAUAUCUAGCACCCCCCACACUCUGCACCAGAGAUUGCAAAAAUGCUGCAAGCAUUUACCUCCAUGUUAUCGCUUUCUGGUGUUGGUGGAGAAAGCUAUGGUCGCUAGCCUACCCAGCAGACUCUCGUGGACUCUCGUGUGGAGCAAGGAGACAGUCCUGACUGCCAAUAAGUAAAGACGAUGGACGUCAGAGUGGCUAUCCCGUUCGCCAGUGAACCAUCCGGAUCAUGUUCAUUGAAAGUGGUCGUAAGUCUGGGGGCCAGCUCCCUCACAGGCAUCCUGUCUCACUUGUGGGUUCCCCGCUGUGACGAGCCGUUCGCAGCCUCCAACAAGCAUCUGUAUGGCGUAGGGGAUCACGUAGCCGCUCUGCAGGGAGAGCUGUUGGGGAAGCCGGCUCAGAAAGAGUCUCGUUGUGCCGACUGCUCCGCAUCGUCGUCAGAAGGGAUGGGGCCAAAACUGCAUUGCAUCGUUGGCAUGGGUGGCGUUGGGAAGACGGCAAUCACGAGGCGAAUUUGUGGGAACAAGGAAGUGCAGAGGAGGUUUCGAGAUGGGAUGUUCUUUUUCACAUGCGGGCAGCGGACGCGGGGUUCGGAGGUUCUGGCCGAGUUAUGGAAGGAGCAUCAAAAAAAGAGAGUCGCCGUUGCCUGCCAUGAAGGAUACAGCCAGCAGUGCGUGAACGGGAUGGGAGAGUGGUCGGCGCUGAAAAGGUCGUUGAAUGGCAAGCGAGUUCUGGUCGUGAUCGACGACGUGUGGAGAACAGAACAGAUCAGCUGGACAUGGAAGGACGACAUUCUGCCUGCCAGCUGCUCUGUGAUUGUGACCACAAGAAUUCGGGAUGUUGUCACUGUACCCGUCGCGAGCACGAUCUUCGUCCAACCCUUGGGAGAGGAGGACUCCUUCAAGCUGUUUUGUCAAUCGGCUUUCGGGUCGACCAUUCCGCCAUCCGGGUUCCAAACGUUGGCGAAGAGGGUGUGUGGGACUUGUGCUGGUUUGCCCUUAGCUCUUCAGGAGUUUGGUUCCCGGCUGUACCCGAGAAACCGGGACCUUGAAUUUUGGGACCACUGGCUCGAUCACCUCCGUGGGGGGUUCCACCAUCCGGCUAGGCAGCCACCUGGUUGCGGCGUUGAGGGUUGUCAUGAUGAUGAGGAUGAGGGUGAUUCUGAAGAUGAUGUUGUCACGAAGGCGCUGCGGAGAUCUAUUGACGACCUUGCACACAGGACACCAGGGGUGUUAGACAUGUUCCUAGACCUGGCCAGUUUUCCGCAAGGCUCCCGCAUUCUCCGGUCUUUGAUCGAGCAGUCUUGGUCGAUAUACCCGUCGAUUCUCGAUACGAGAACGGCGAGGGAGAGGUUGAAGACACUGAUCAGGCUAUCCAUGGUAGAAGAUCGCGGCGACUUUCAUGUGAGUUUGAAUAACAUGAUGCGAGUUGCGGCGAUGUCCGCCGUUCGGUCUAGUAAUGCACCACCUGUAGUUUUGGGACAGUCCUCCUCCUUCUGGAGCAAGUAUUGCGGCGGCGAGAAGUGGCGACGUAAAAAAAAGUAUAAAAACGGAGCGGCGCAAGAGAGGUUGUUCCUGCUGGGUCAUGAAACUUCCGCUCCGGAUGCGGCUCUUUGCCAGCGUGUGAAGAAGUUUUCCUGGUUUGAGUCCGAGCUGUGGGUGCGGAGGGUGAUCCUCUCCUUCCCUUGGGCAAUGCCCCACUUGGUAAGUUUCUUUUGGGCUUGGCCCGACGAACAAAAGCUGGACUUUGUGAAUGAUCCAGACAACGCAUUUGGUCGUCAGUUCCUGGAGAGGAUCGCGGCAAAAAGUCACAAGCUGAUGAUGUUGACCCUGCUAAAUUUCCCCAGCCCCAAUGUAUUUCCCCCUGGAUACUUCACAGCAUUCCCGAAUCUUCGACUCUUGCAUGUAAAGUUCGCUGGUGGAAACCUCUUAAUAGGCAAUCAGUCCUUAGUGCACGCAUCCCUGGAAAGCCUGAGCCAGUUGCAGGUUCUGCACCUCGAAUGUAUGCCCAAAACAAUGCUGAACGUUCACCUGUCGGCUUUUGGCAAUCUCAAGCUGUUGAGGGUGCUGAAAUUGCGAGGGGUCUUGUUAGUCAAUGAUAAUAGUGAACGAAAUCGGCAUGAAAUGACAACUGGGGGAAAGACCUCAAGUGAUGAGGUAGGGAUGAGAGAAACGGUGGAGGAGGUGGAGGUGGCGGUGGCGGAGGAGGAGGAGGAGGAGGAGGAGGAGGAUUGGGAUAGGGAGCUGAGUCAGCAGGGUCCUCGUAAGAGGAGGUGUCUGAUGCCAUCAUCACCCUCAGCAACGGAUCGUUUACCGUUUGGAAAUGCUGCUGCAACCCAAGACGGUGACGGAGUUGACGAUGGUGGGGUUCUGCAGAAACUUUUGCAGUCUAAAGUCUUCCUUGAGGAGUUCUCAAUCUCUUUACCUGAAGGAGGGAGGUUGGCAUCAGCAGAAGCUGAUGGGAGGAGGGUACUGGAUGAAGCUUUGCCGACAAAUAUCGGAGAAUUAAGACGAUUACGAUCCAUUGAAAUAGAGGGCUUUAAAUCUUUGACACGCCUUCCAGAUGAAUUGGGCCACCUGAGCUGCUUAGUCAAGCUGCGCAUCAAUUCGUCCUCUCUUAGGAGUCUGCCUUUGCAUAUUUCUCGUUUAUCAUCGCUCACACACUUGGAAAUUGUGUCCCCCAAACUCGAGUCGAUUCCGGAAGAAGUGUGCGACUUGACCACCCUGAGGAAGCUCAAUCUCCAACACUUCGGUCACAGCCUUCCCGUACAUCUACCCAGAAAAUUCGGCAAUCUGGCAGAGCUUAGGGAGUUGGACUUGAGUUAUUCAGGGAUUGUCAAUCUGCCUGAAUCCAUCAGCCGGAUAUGUAGGCUGGAAAAGCUGGACCUGUCGUUCGCCAAUCAGCUUCGCGGGGUACCGGAGGGCAUCACGAAUCUGGGAAAGCUGAAGGAACUCCGACUACGUGGCUGUGCACAGCUGCGGACUUCGCACUUCGACAUAUUAAGAUUCUUGUCGCCGAUGUUGUCGGAGGGCUCGACUACCCUCGAAAAAUCGCCGGCGUCAGUAGGCGACUUGCGCAGUUUGACAGCUCUCGACCUUUCCUAUGCCGAAGAGGUCAUUCAGUUGCCUACAGAUAUCGCGAACCUGACCGGACUGACACGAUUAGAUCUGAAAGAAUGUGCACGCCUGGAGUCGCUCCCCGAGGAAAUCACGCAGCUAUCCAAUUUAGAAAGCCUAAAUUUGAGCGGCUGCGAGAAGUUAGCUCGCCUUCCGCCGGCGAUUGGAAACUUGACGAAGCUCGGGAGGGAACUUAACUUGAAGAAGUCCAGCAUUCAAGAGUUACCCGACUCCGUUAGUAGGCUUACGGGGUUGACGUCACUUGUCCUAUCGUAUUGUGCGCAGCUACGUGCGUUGCCGAUGGGUGUCUCAAGCCUUACGGCGCUCAAACAGUUAGACCUAUCGAGCUGUGUGGAGCUAAGGACGCUUCCGGAAGGCAUCGUGCGGCUAGAGAACCUCCAAGAGCUCGAUCUCAGCGGCUGCAAGGAGCUCGGAAAUUCGCCCCCGGAAACUUCUAUAGCUCCAGCAAGUAUUACACCCGAGUCAACGCGUACUACUACACCUGAGUCAACAGGCAGGAGUACUACGAACAGUAGGAGUAGCAUUUUGGAACCGAUCAGCGGCCUAUCCGGACUGACGGUGCUGAACUUGUCGUCGCUGAGCUGGCUUUGUACCUUGCCGAGUUGGGUCUCUUAUCUUUGCAAUCUUCAAGUCUUGCGGCUAAGGGAUUGUAGUGCACUCCAGACGCUUCCCGAGGAAAUCUCGGAGCUGACAAAGAUGGAAAGGCUCGAGCUGGGCGGCUGUGCACGGUUGACCUAUCUUCCUACGCAAAUAGGUCAGCUUGCACGGCUGAGGGAGCUGGAGCUCAGCCGUUCGGGAAUAGUGCGCCUGCCGGAAUCGGUAACGAGGUUGCAACUCUUGACUCGGCUUGACUUGACGGAUGCGCAGGAUCUGGUUGAGCUGCCCACGGGUCUUGAAGAUCGCUACGGACUCGUUCUCAAGGGAUGCCGGAGCCUGACAAGUCCUCCCUCCCCCUCGCCGAACGGCGAGCAUGACCCACCGCAGGCCACAGUUCCACGAGCUGCUGAAUAAUUAAGGGCCUUAAGGCAUUCGCACACGCAGGUCUACAGGAAAGCGUGAUCUAUUUGUCUCUGCGGAUUCUCCACUCUCGGAGUCUGCCACCUGUGCCUGUGUGGCAGUUGAAGCUGCCGGGAUUUAUGUUUGCCGCACGAUGAUUUUCUGGGGAGGGGGGAGCAUAAUUGCACACCCGUCCGAGUCGCCUGACCGAACCAGCUGCGCACACUUCCAGCCUUCUGCCAGCGUGUUGGACCUACCUACACAUUGUGUCCCCCACUACUUUGUACCUAAGGGGGUCGGUCCGAAGCUUUGCUUAAUCUUAUCAGAGAGCCUAUUUUUUUUUGGACCCCCUGCACUACUGACCCCGCCUUGCGAGGCCAAGCGAAGCUGCCAACGGGCCUUGCUCCACUACACAGCGCUCUACAUGCACUUGGACGAUUUGUGGACCAGGUGCAUUUUCACGAGUGCAACAUUUCCAACGUACAAGGUCCAAAAACCGGUCAAAUGCGUGUCGGUUAAUGUGUAGUCGAGCGAGGCCCAAUGUCAAUCUGGUGGUUUCUCUCGAUGCAGGAGUUAGAUUUGGUGGACUGUCCAAAUCCAUCCGUUUCCAUCGCAUAUUAUACAACAACGCCUGGUCAUUCUCUCGCUGUAUCUAGACUGCAAGUUGCCCCAAAUACAGAUAUUAUAAUGACCGGGCAUUCUAUUCUCUUCGGGUGAGAAGACUAUCGCACAGCUAACAAUG